AUGGAUCAUUUUCAAUACGAGCCACUUGAUGCCAAUAGCAACCACAUACGUCUACUCCGCUUUUCAGCCGAACCCGGCAGUCAGCCUAGCUACACUCUGCACGAAUUUGACCUCAAUGAAUGCCCUCCAUACGAGGCUUUGUCUUACACAUGGGGACCUCCACUUCCAACGCGUAUCAUCACCUUGAAUCAAAGACCAUUCGAGAUUCGGGAGAAUCUGGCAGACUUCCUUGACCGGAUGCGAACUGGCAUCACUCUCCUCGAUAAGCAUGACUGUCCUCUACCGCAUCCCAAGUUUCUCUGGAUAGAUCAGCUUUGCAUCAACCAGGCAUCCGAGAAAGAGAAGUCGCACCAAGUUCGACGCAUGGCUGAGAUAUAUAAACAAGCGCAGCGGGUUAUUGUGUGGCUAGGUCGCGGUGGCGAGCAGAGUGGCAGGGUAAUGCGUCUCAUAGCGGAUACGUGGUUCGCGGAUGAGCUUCCCGCUGAAAAUAUUCCUCCAAAUUCUCCUCCAAAUCUUCCUCGGGUCGGUCUUUGGUCUGCUCUGCACAAUGAGCACCGAGAUUAUCUCGAUCGACUUCUCAAAGAUCGCCACAUCGUGGAAAACCUACUGCAACAAGCAUAUUGGAAUCGGCUCUGGGUCGUCCAGGAAUUUGUACUUGCCAGAGACAUAGUGCUUGCUUGCGGUUCAUGUGCCGUCACGCCGGCCGCUAUCGAAAGAUUGAGAUCAAUUUCUUUCUUACCGGCGGCAUUCAGAUAUCGUCAAGAUUAUUUUAUUACGAUUCCGGAGCCAUUAAUAGCCCUAUUACGUAACUUUUAUAUGCGGAAAUGCGAGGACCAGCGUGAUAGGGUGUAUGGUUUACUCGCACUGUGUAAUGAAAAAGUCGACAUUGUCGUUGACUACUCGAGGCCAAUGGACGCAGUAUUCCGUGAGGUCUUCACUACGCUCAUCUAUUUCAAAGGCUAUGAGGAGGAAUGGUUUGUACAGCUCGCUAAAGAUAUGGGCGUCAAGCAGAAGCGUCCUGCGCCCAAUGGAAGGUGGCAUUAG